AUGACAAUCUACUACAAGGAUCCCAUAGCCACGUUCGGGAAAGACUAUGUAUUUCCCCUUUCAUGGACUAGAGUCUUCUUUCAUUGGUACGGCUCAUUGGUCCAGCGGUUGCUCUUUGAACUUCUUUCCUGGAUCGGUGCCGCAGUGCUCGUGAUAGCGCUCAAGCUCUACGUUGCAGAAUGGCCGAUACCCUUCCUGAAUACUCUCGCAGCACUUGUCAGUGUCCUUUCGCCAAUUCUUACCUUUAUGCUGGGGUUUUAUACUAGCACAAUCUAUUCCCGUUGGUGGAGUGUUCGUGUUGUCAUGUGUGGCACUGGCCAAAUCGCUGCCUACAAUAUUGCUCUCGAGAUGACGUCCUUCGUGUAUGAUGAUAACGACCCUAUCGGCGCUGCACGGUUGAAGCAACUCAUUGUCCGGUGGAUCUGCAUUCCGUUCGCUAUGGUGCUUCGCGAUGUUUUUCUUGGCGGUGAUCAUGCGUACCGCACCACUGAGGCCAUGGAACGUAUUGGCUUGAUCACACCUGAGGAGCGAUACCGGCUGGAGAAUGAUGUAGACAGAGCCCAGUGGACGAUGCCAGUCAUGUGGGCUGGGCACUUGCUUUCUCGCCUGCGUGAUCAGAACCACCGCUACGGCAUCACGGAAUUCGUUCAUCUUCAGCUUGUGCAGCAGCUUGCGCUCGUGCGCGGAUAUUUCGGUUAUUUAUAUGUGCCCAUGUGGGUUCCAGUUCCGCUGAUGUACCGCCAGCUCGUGAACGCAACAGUGCGCAUCUACGUGAUUUGUGUCAUACUGCUCGCGGGAAAUCUGAAUUUAUUGAGCGCAACGUCCAGCAGCAUCGAUAUUGGAAACUAUCGCUGGCUGGACAUUAUUUACGUGCUUUCUGUUUUUCUCAUCUACAUUGGCUGGCUGCAUGUCGCAGACGAGCUUGCCAAUGUAUUUCGCAUUGCGCCUGACAGCCUGGACUUUGACGAUUAUUUGUCGAGUCAACGCGUAGAUUUUGCCACGAUGGUGGAUGACCACUGCAUCAAACUGCCCACCAUUGAGUCUAUUGCGGAGGAGCCACUUCCCGGCGAGGAGGGUUUCAACUGCUUUCCAAUUAUGCGCGAUCACCGGUAUGAGGCGGUUCCUGGAUGGCAAAAGUUUCAGCACUUGCGGCGUAGACCGCGGGAUGUCGGAACGAGCGGCUCGCGAACCUACGAUGCAUUCGAGCAGCUUCGCGCUGCUGAACUGCGACGCCAAGCCCACAAAGUGAUGGCCAGCCUCCGGGGGUUUGUGCACGACCUACGCGGUGAUAGCGAUGAAACCGAUGAUCGUCGGGACGGCUUCGCAGACGGCACACGUCGGAAGAAGAAACCCCCAGUGAGGUACCUGGGCUACUGA